GACCCGGAAGAAGUUAGCGCAAAAUGUGAUAUCGGGAGCCCGAGGUCAGAAAUUCUCUCUCAACCAUCUUGGAUAUAGAAUCCUAACUCGACACAAGCAUGCCUGGUGAAGCUACAGAGACGGUCCCGGUCACUGAGCAGGAGAUGCAGCAGCCACAAGUUGAGACUGGGGUGUUGCGUUCCUCUGCUCCCCCUGAGAUGGCUGUGUCUGACGUGACCAAGGCAGCCGCUUUGGAGAGUCCUGUGCCUCUAGGAUCCGCCACUGUUCUUCCAGAGAUCGAAUCCCAACCGGUGUCAGAAAUGGCUUUAGGAGAGGCAUCUGGUGGACAAAUUAAUGGUGUAGAAGCAACACCUGAAGUUGAAGCAGCCAUUGUUGAAGAACGUAAAGAAACUGCUGAACAACAGGUCACCCAAGCACCGGAAGAGGUCAUCAUUCAAGAUUCAGCUGAAGUUAUAGAGGCUACCGUGGCAGCCACUCAAGAUGCAGUGGGUGCCGAACCCGUGGCAGUGGCUGCAGAACCCGUGGCAGUGGCUGCAGAACCCGUGGCAGUGGCUGCAGAACCCGUGGCAGUGGCUGCAGAACCCGUGGCAGUGGCUGCAGAACCCGUGGCAGUGGCUGCAGAACCCGUGGCAGUGGCUGCAGAACUCGUGGCAGUGGGUGCCGAACCCGUGGCAGUGGCUGCAGAACCCGUGGCAGUGGCUGAAGAGACUCCGGUCCAAGAACCAGCACCUGCUGCUAAAGAGCCAAUCGCAGACACUAUUGAUGGGAUGGCACGUGUAACUCCAGAAGUCACCCCCGAGCCUGCAGUCGAGAUGAUCACUGAAGAGUUGGAGACUGUGAGUCUGGAUCCAGCUCUUGAUGAUGCCGUAUUAUGCACUGAAGUGGUCAGCUCGGACACUGGGGCCCCAGAACCUGAAGCACUGCCUGCUGAUAUGACCAUUGACACGCUAAACGAAACUUCUGUUGAGAAAGACCCAAUUGCGGCCCUCUCUGAGGCCGUCCAGACGAAGGUGAUGUCAAAUCGCGCAGGCCCGCCCGUCUCCACCUGUCUCCUGUCAGGGUCGGGCACUGAAUCGGACAGCGAUGAGUCUGUACCAGAUCUGGAGGAACAGGACUCCGCACAGACACAGCAAGCACAGCUUGCAGCUGCUGCAGAAAUAGAUGAGGAACCCGUUAGCAAAGCCAAACAGAGCCGUAGUGAAAAGAAGGCACGAAAGGCAAUGUCAAAGCUGGGUCUCAGGCAGGUGACGGGGGUCACCAGGGUUACCAUUCGCAAGUCUAAGAACAUCCUAUUCGUCAUCACCAAACCAGAUGUCUACAAGAGCCCUGCAUCAGACACUUACAUUGUCUUUGGUGAGGCCAAGAUCGAGGAUCUCUCACAGCAAGCCCAGUUGGCAGCGGCAGAGAAGUUCAAGGUACAGGGAGAAGCUGUGUCGAACAUCCAGGAAAACACACAGACGCCAACCGUACAGGAGGAGAGUGAAGAGGAAGAGGUUGACGAGACCGGGGUCGAGGUGAAGGACAUUGAACUUGUGAUGUCACAAGCCAAUGUGUCGCGAGCGAAGGCUGUACGCGCCCUGAAAAACAACAACAACGACAUUGUCAACGCAAUUAUGGAGUUGACGAUGUAGGCUGCUGGAGUCGACGGGGUUCUGAAAGGUUGCUGAUUUUAAUCUAUCGUUGGUACAAUUUAUACCCAAGAUAGAAAUAAAGAUGUGGCUUGGUAAAUCGA